AUGAUAGAUGACGAAGUUUUCCGUUUUGGACAUGAUAACUUUAUUUAUAUCCUUUUCAUGCGACAUCCCAUGACUCUCACGAUGAUAAAUCAUAAAGUGAUUUAUGCUAAUGAAAAUACUAAUUUAGAUCUGGAACCUUCUCUCAAGCCGACUCUUGCUACGAAUAUACUUAGCGUGGAUGACCUCACGACCGAUGAUUCCUCUUACCAUAGCAUCUCAUUAAAUCUAUUUAAAAAAAUCAAUGGUAUAGACAAACAAAUUCAAUUUCUUACGGACAGAGACGCUUUUCUCGAUGUGGAAAUCUAUUGGAGUGUGAAAUUUUGUUACAAUUUUAACUCACUUCAAUGGAAUCACGUGCUGGUGUGUAGUGCUGCAAUAACUUAA